GGCAGAAAUACCCGGAUGUGCUGUUCUAAUGCCCCUCCCCCCUCCGCUCGGCUCGCUCCCUCCCUCUCUUUCUCUCUCCAGUCUCCACCACCACCUCAACCCACUGCCUCUUACCCCUCCGCUGCGGACCUACCGAAGCCACUGCAGUCAAUCCGUCAUCCGUCGACUGAAAGCCCGAGGACAAAAUCCGAGCGACGCGCUACUGCGACUUCCUCGCCCAGAAAAAUAACCGUCACCGAGAGCGCCCGUUCAGUUCCGCGAGAUUCUGCGCAAGGCGAAGACAACCCCGGCGACAGAAUGGGAAAUGAGGCGAGUUAUCCUUUGGAGAUGUGCUCACACUUUGAUGCUGAUGAGAUUAAAAGACUAGGAAAGCGGUUUAAGAAACUCGACCUGGAUAACUCGGGUUCUCUCAGCGUUUCCGUCUUUUUUCUUGCAGAGUUCAUUGAAGGCGUCUCUCAGUUCAGCGUCAAAGGCGACAAGGAGCAGAAGCUCCGCUUUGCGUUCAGGAUUUAUGACAUGGAUAAGGAUGGCUACAUAUCCAACGGUGAGCUGUUCCAGGUGCUGAAGAUGAUGGUAGGGAAUAACCUGAAGGACACCCAGCUGCAGCAGAUCGUCGACAAAACCAUCAUCAACGCAGACAAGGAUGGGGACGGGAGGAUAUCUUUCGAGGAGUUCUGCAUUGUGGUUGGUGGCUUAGACAUUCACAAAAAGAUGGUGGUGGACGUGUGAAAAGAUGGAACAGGCCCUUCACUGAACACCCUCUUUUCACUUCUCCAUUUCUGAGAAUCAGCUCCAGAUGUUCCGCUAACACGUGCUCUCUCUCUCUCUGUCUCUCUCUCUCUCUCUCUCUCUCUCUCUCUGUCUGUCGCUCUUUUUCUUGCUCUCUCUCUUUCUAUGGAAGUAUUUCUCUGAAUGAUGCCUCUGUUCUCCGUCUGUACUCCCUGAGCCUUGUGACGCCUGCCAUCCUAAGUGUUAUAGAGCAUGAGAUUCUUCUGUCCACAUUCUCGGGUAUUUAAGGACAGUCAGAGAGACGAUUUCUCUAUCGAUUACCGAGCGACUCAGUGUGGUGGAGAAGGAAGAGAGGACGGGGUGUGUGUGAGCGUGUGUGUGUGUGUAUGCAUGUUUGUACGUUCUUUAUUUUUCUUUUUGAAGGGGGGAUUUUUGUAUUUAUUUUGGUCCUGUCUUUUUUAAAGAUGAUCUAGGUCUACAGGGAAUAUGUGUAUGUGAGCGAUAUAUAUGACUUGACACUUGAUUUCAGUGCAACACGCUUCAAGCAUGAAGUGCCAAUCGUAACAUAGGCCUAUACGUGGGAUUUAACAAUAGCUGAAUAUUGGAAUCGCUAUCUGAUGUUCUUCAUGUCAUGGGGAGAUUAAAAAAAAGUUUAUUAUCGA